AUGCCACCAGAACUCAUACCAGAAGAUGAAGACUAUGCAUCCGAAGAAGAUUCUGAUUUCGCACCCGACGCUGCGCCCGCAAAAGAAGACGCGGAUACUUCAGACGAUGAAGCGGAGCCCGAGGAGGUGAAGGCGCCGAAGUUUUCGAAAAGGAAAAGGGCCCCAGACGAUGACGCCGAGGAUGCUGGGUUUGAAAACUCAGGCGACGAAGCAAUCAUUGAAAAGGGGUUGAAGCGACAGAAGAAAAGGAGCAAGAAAGGCAAAGAUGAGGAGGAAGAUGAGGGUGGAGAAGGCGGCUUGGUAAAGACGAGGAGUAUGAGGGCUGCUGCGAAAACCGAAAAGAAAGUAGCACUAGUAGACUCAUCGAAAUCUACUGUCGACGUUGACGCGCUCUGGGCUUCUAUGACAACCAACAAACCGUCUUCAAGCCAUGCGAACCCCGUCACGACAACCACAUCUUCACCAUCGAAAUCUGUGUCUCCUACGGUAAAGCGCACAAACCUUGCCAUUCCAGACUCCGAGAGGAAGGGUACAAGAUCGCCGAGUAUACUCAACGACGGUCCCGACGCAAUGAUACUGAUAAAACGCUCCUACACAUUUGCUGGGAAAAUACACCAUGAACAAAAAUUAGUCCCACGCCAUUCUGCCGAAGCAAAACUGUUUUUAGCAUCCCAAACAUCCAUUCCUUCUCCUACUACCGAUACAUCCCCAGAUCCUUUCGUCAAACCUAAACGCCCACCCAAAAAGGCCCGCCGCUCGAUCUUCGAGCCUGUUGUCGAUUUACCACCGCGCACGGAUCUCAAACUCGGGUUUAGGAAGCUACAAGAAGGAUUAGGCAAUCUGGAUGUUGGAGAGAAGGGGAAGAAGCUUAAUACAGUGGAGAAGAGUAAGAUGGAUUGGGCUGGAUAUGUGGAUAAGGAGGGAAUUGCAGAAGAGUUGGACCAAGCUGGGAAGAGGAAGGGUGGAUUCAAAGAGAGGCAGGAGUUUAUUGCAAGGACGCAAUUUAGACAAGAGGAGGAUGAUAGGCGGGCUAGGGGGGUUGUUAGUCUAAGUGGUGGACUUUGA